CAAAAUUCACGGUCACAUGGAAGUCAAAGUGGAGCCGACCCUUCAAUGUUACGUCGAGGAGGAACAUGAGAAUAGCUUUUCGAGUUUGGAGAACGCUAGCACGAUACCGUCAAGCGUCGACGUGGGCGCGCUGAAUCUGUGGACCAGCAAGGCCACCACAUGCCUGAUCAGCCAGUACAAGAAGUAUCGAUCGCUGGUCGGGCAAUCGACGCAGAUCAGGAGUCUGCGGGAGAUGUUCGAGAUGAUAUCGCUGGAGAUGCAGAAUUACGGGUUCUACUUCAGUCCGCAGAAAUGCGAGAACAAGUGGCGGGUUCUCGAGCGUAAGUACAAGAACCUUGUGUUCCGCGAGCGGCUGAAAAAACCGGGCAGGAUGCGACACUACGGACAGUGGGAGCACAAGCGCGCCUUGGACGAGAUUUUCAACGAGAAGAAGAGACACGUGUAUCUGGAGGUGAACGAGCAGCCGCAGCCACCAAGCGGACCGGCGAAGUAUCCCUUGAUUCUGUCGAAGCCCGGCUGCGAUCAAGGCAGCGACUCGCCUGGCGAUCGGCAACGCGAGGAUCCUCUGGCGCCCACGACCAACGAGAAAGACGGCGAUACGUUGGAUCACAAACAAAUCUUGACGACACUGUUUGAUAAAUUUAUAGAAGAAAUGGGAAAGAACUUCGCUCUGGUUGAAAAGAACAAGGAGAGGCGGCACAAAGAGAAAAUGGCCGUGAGACAUAAGGAAUUGGAGCUGAAGAAGCAGCUCCUCAAAUUGAAGGAACAGAAGAUGGAAUUGCAAAGGUGCCAAAUGAUUGCUGCCGCGCAAAACUUGCGUUUGAAUAUGAAAUAAUGCGCUUAAUGUCGCGGACACGGAUAUAAUUUAUAUAUAUUUUAUAUUAAUGUUAUAAUAAGGUUCUUUUAUGUAUGUUCUUUGUACGUUAAGUUGCAAAUUAAAUAAAAAGCGAUAUUUUUUUUAAUUA